AAUUAGGUCGGGUCUGAACUUGCUUUCUGCAAAAUGAAGAAUUAUCCCGGUUUGAAAAGUUAGUAGGACUUCUGCUGACUGCAAUUUUGGCUAUCCGGUUUCGAAACUCCCUGGUAAUAAAGCAUCAGGUUGCUUGCGACUGGAUUUGCAAUAUAUUUUUUUUACAAGGAUCCUCCGGUGAUUCCUAAGGAAUGGGGGGGGGGGGAGGAGAGACGAGAUUGUUUUUUCUUCUAAUUUGGAGGCAGAAAGUAUGGCAUGUAGAGAUCCGACCAGCACAGCUUUCAAAUGCAGCGGGUCCAGAGCAAAUUCAAGGCAAGCUUGCCUACUGCUCAUUUCCCACCCUGCUCCCGGCCAUGCAUCUCAGCUCCCAGAUAACCUGAGGACAAUGGACGCUGAUGAGGGUCAAGACAUGUCCCGAGUUUCAGGGAAGGAAAGCCCUCCUGUGAGUGACACUCCAGAUGACGGGGACGAGCCCAUGCCGGUCCCCGAAGACCUUUCCACCACGUCUGGCGGACAGCAGAGCUCCAAGACUGAGAGAGGAGUGGUUGUAUAUGGGGCCGAUGGCUUUAGGGAUUUUCAUGCACUAAUUCCCAAAUCUUUCUCUCAUGGCUGUUGACCUGGAGGACUUCCCCCACCCCAACAGCAACCCAGCUGUUCUGGGCCAACAUCGCCACCUGGUGGGCAGAGUGGAGAAUUACCCUGCUCACCCCACCUCACCUCUUUGUUUUCCUUCUCGAAAAUUAAAAAUAUAAACUGCUUGAACCUCGCUACCUUCUCUAUCCUAGUUUGUGUUCCCAGUUACCUGAGGAAAAUGUAAAUAUGCUUGUAAAUCAUUCUUUUGUCAGACUCAUCCUCUUCUCUGUCCCUGACUUCAUUUCAUUUAAAGGCCAAAAGUAUCAAAUAAGGAUAAAAAUGUGUCUAAUCAUGCAUCUUGACAAGAAAAAUACCUCUAUAUUUUAUUAGGUUUAUUGGGGGGGUGUUGUUGGUGUUGUUGGCUGUGGAGCCCAACACGGGUCUUGAACUCAUGACCCUGAGAUCAUGAUCUGAGCUGAAAUCAAGAGUUGGACACCUAAUUGACUGAGCCACCCAAGUGCCCUCAAACCCCUGUUUUAAAUGAUAAAAGUUUUAUAAUAGGUGGUUUUAUUAGCUUAAAAAUGCUUAGAAGUUCCCCUAAAUCUCUUUUAGAGGCAGCACAAAAACAUGUACAUAUUUCUUCUUCAUCUCAAAUUUUAAUUUAAUUACACUCAUUCAAGAUGUCUUGUAAAUAUUUUUAUUCCCUUUGUGUUUUGCUUGCUAGCCACUGGUUGCAGGACUAUUUCUGUCUCUCAUUUUUUUUUUUCAUUUAAAAUAUGGAGUACUUGAGGCCCACGUGGCCUAAACUCAGACCAUAGGGAUGAUUUCAGAAUAAACUCUCCAUGGAAAAGCACAGUCUGAGGACUGAACAUUUAUCUUACCAGUAAAUAGAAAGACACAUUCCAGAAGGGCAAGGAAAAGAGGGAGGAAACACAACCCAUUUGUCAGGUGGGGACUGGCAGGGCACGUUAUAUCUAUGCAUUAAAACAUUUGAAUCAUUCAUGAGUACGUGCAGUGCUUGGCAACAUGCAGAGGCCUCCUGGCCCCAUUGACCCUGAGUUCCCUCGAUUCUCCAGACUGUUCAGUGCUGAACUUGUGUAUGGGCUGAGGUCCACUUUGCCUUAGGGGUCUGGUGGUCUCUCUUAGGUCUGCUGUGUUAACUAAUAAUGUAGAAGGCCUCUAAAUUAUGUAACAAGAAUAUUUUAAUUUUCCUAAUGUAAGACAGCAUCUGAGAAGGAAAGUAGCUUUUGACUCAAGAUUUGAAGACAUCGCUCUUAAUAUAAGCCAUGUUUAUUAAAUAAUAAAAUCGGGCCCCUGUCCAUGCACUCUCGGGAGUCAGCGGAAGAGCUGCAGGGUUAGGCCUGAGCCGGAGCGUUGGGGGUAAAGAAGCACGUGAGUCUCACCUCAUGUUCUAUAUUUAAUCAGUUCAAUUCAGGGCUGUCCUGAGCCUGACAUUUUUCUAAGUGUUGGGGGGGGGAAUAGUUGCAAAAUGUUUAUAAGUAUAAUCCCCACAUUGAGGGAGAGUCUAGCAUUUCAUAGACACAAUAGCACACCUAAGAAGAUCCAGCUCUGAGAAAACGGGGCAGAUGGAGUGGUUUAGGAGUCCAGGGAAGGGACGGUCAGUCAACACGAGCCCCAGUUAGCUCAGAGACAUCAUCCAAGGGGCGGACCAAUGUACAAUAGACACAAAUGAGGAAAGACCCUCUGUUCCAUGGAAGUGACUGGUUGGGUCGACCUGUGUCAUUCAAGUUGACCAGUGAUGAAGGACGUGAGGACUCGUUCUGCUCCAUUUGAUUUUUCUCAAGGGAAUAGAGUAGGAACCUUGCAUCCUCCCUUGGCUGGGCUCCAGGCAACAGGUGGAUGGCUUAAAUCAGUGCCAGUCAUCUGUCCUGAACUCUUCAUUAGGUGAAGCAACUGCCAGCGCCUUCACUUCUGCAGGAUUGUGGAAUUCAAAAUAACGGGCCCACAAAUGCAGCAGUCGGACAGGCCUCCUGAGUCCUCCAUCACUCGUGUACUCAGAGAUACAGGAGGAGGUGAUCCACUCAAGUGUCCCCUCUGCUCCAUGAGUGAGAGGCUGCCUGCCCGGCUGCAGAAGGGGCCUACCACCCGGGUGCCACCUCCGAGCCGUGCUGUGCCUGGGCCGCCCAGGCCACCUGCCUCCUAUCCAGCCUCAGCCUCUCGGCCCCACAGGUUGUUUCUCCGAGCUGGUCCAGCUCUGAGGACACCCCCAGUGUGAUCAACCCCCUCUGACUUCCUUCUGACCCUUCAGGCUGGGCUUGUCCUUUUAAAGGAGGCACACGGCCGGGCCCGGGACUCUGGAUCUCACCCCGUGCGGGACCCCGAGUCUGCAUCUUUGUUUCUCCUUUUCCCAGCCACAUCGCUAAUUGAGCCAAAUCCCCAAACCCUUUUUCACAUUUAGAUAAGUGGGGCCAACACCUCCUCCCUCCUGAGUCUGUGUUUUUUUAAAGGCGUAUUUUAACUUAAGGGGACUGGAUAUACAUAAAUGACAGACAUAACUGUUAGAUCACAAUUUCGAGACCGGUGUGUUUGUGACGUAUUUUGAUAGGUUUGUGCUCUGAACCCCUGAAAAUAAUAGGCCUGUUGCCUGUGUUCCCCUCCUAGCCAGAGGGGACACCCCGCUUUCAUGGACACCCUUCUCGGAGGGUGGGAGUCCAUCCAUCCCUUCUGUGUGGCCAGCACCCACUUUGCAUUUGUACAGAGGUAGCAAUUCUUGAGGGCGUCUGCUGGGGAUUCUCCCUCUGCCCCUCCCACUGCUCUCUCUCCAAAAAAUAAAUAAAUCUUUAAAAAACAAAAAGAUAGGAAUGCUUUUUGCCUCUAUUUAGAGAACUGUCACCCGUGCUUGACUCUGGUGUGCCUGUGGGGACAGUGUUGCCCACUCUGAUCUCCCUGCCCCUCCCUGUCAUCCCUUCUCCCUUGGACCCUACAGAACUCUCCUGUCCUAACGUGGCCUGGAAUCUGUCCCCGAAGUUCCAGCAAGCUCCCAGCCCUAAUGCUCUCUGCACUUGCCACCUGGCUCCGACCUGGAAUUGUUGGUAGCAUCUGCUUCCAGGGGCCCCUGUUGAGCUCCCAUCACUCAUGGCCCCCAGUGACCUGGGCUGUUGUCUACACUCUUUCCUUCAGAGACCUGCAGCCUCACGGCACCCCAAAUUCCAGUCUGUGAGCUUUACCUCUUCCAGCACUGACCAGAUAGAUCUCAACCUGUACCUGGGGUCCACAGAAUCGCAGGGUCACUUCUCAUAGGUUCUCAUGCCUUUUGAGCCUCCUGUUUCAGUUCCAUUACUGUUCUCGACUAUCACAUGGCAUCAUAGUAACAAGAAAGCUGGAUUAAUAUGGGAAUCAGGUCUGGUUUGAAGGAUUCCAUGGUACCUAGGGUGAUACCCAUACCGUGCCCCCCCCAGGCCACCCUCGCCUCCUUCCUUCCAUGCUGCAGGUGACCUGCUGUGGCCCAUGUCACCCUGAAGAUCACCCCACUGCUUUCCUGCUCUCCUGCCUGUCACCAGGAAGGGCCCAUACAUCAUCAACAAUGCACAGCACACAGCAUACUACAGGGUCACAGCCAUACACGUCUGCCUUAACCAUGUGCAAAAAGUGAGGGUUUCUGGCGAGGGUCAGUUCUCUCCAUGUCCCCACACCUCUCCAGCCACAGGUGCAUGGACCUAUACCCCUUGCCUCAGCACCACUGGCUGAAGAACCUGCCAUGCCCACAGUCAUGUGCCCCACCGUGCUCUGGAAUGCCCCAGUCUCAUUUGAGAAAACACAAGCCACCAGUCGGAUGAUUACAAAUAAUCCCAGGUGAAGGCAUUCAGAAGUCUUUGAAACUUGACCGCCAUAUUUCCAGAGCAUUCUAGUGCAGAGCUGGUGCCAGUGAGACCCCAGAGAAUGAGCUUGCACCUGGAAAAGUACAUGGUGCAUACCUAGGAAUACAGAUUCUAAAGAGCUCUGAGGUUAGAAAGCCUCAUGGCAUACCCACCACCUGGCCUGCCUCAUGUCCUGUGCUUGCCUGCCGUAUCGGUGGGACUUGGGCCCUUUCUCUGGCAGCUAGGAGAGGUUAGCAGGAGGCCCCUCUGGGGUGUGCCUGGGUGUCUGGUCUUUGGAACCUAGUAGGAAACCACAGGAGGGGACUCCCUCUUUGUGGAUGUGACACUGUGAUCUGAUGAGAGGAAAUUCUACCUCUUGGGCUCUGGACCAUGUUCCAACUCACCGUGCCAAUUAUUUAGUUUGUUGUCUCCCCAGAGAGCUAGUGGGAAAAUCUUGGUGGUCCAGCAGCUAAGAAUGUGGGCGGUGGAGCUAGGCGGCCUGAGCUACCUCCCAGGUCUGUCCCUUGCUACCUCCCAGGUCUGUCCCUUGCUAGCUGUGUGACCCUCCCAUGUCGUUCAGCCUCUCUGUGCCUGGGCGUCUUCAACUGUGAAAUAGGAUGACGGCAUGACCUCCCUUAGCGGGUCCCUGUGAGAGCUAAAUGCCACAGAGCAAGUAAAGUGCUGUGUGCCUGGCACAGAGUCAGUGUCCCAGAUGUCAUUGGGGUGAGGGGGCCCUUCCUCCACAACAGCUCUGUUGGGAAUGUGCUUCCACUUGAUCCCCCCAGUCCCCAUGCUAAGCUGACUCCUCAUCCAUCUAUCUCUGAGUCCUCACAGUGCCCCGGCCGGCCACUGUCGAUCCUUCCAGCCUUGACAGAUGUGAAAACCAAGGCACAGAGAAAGUGUGUAACUUGACCCCGAGAGCUCAGCGCUCAUCACCAGGGGAGCUGACAUUCCCAGCCACGAAUGCCAACUUCAGAGUCUGGGCUCUUGACUUUUAUAGUCAAAGCAUUGCAUAAAAUGAACCUGGAGGGUUACUAACUAGGUUGAUUAUUUAAAACCAUGGUCUCAGACAUGCCUGUAGGUCAGAAUCCCCUAGGGGCUCGUGACAACACAGGGCGCUGGGCCCAGUCCCUGGGGCUUCUAGCUCAGCGCAGCUGGGGAAGACCGGAGAAUUUGCUCCUCUGGCAAGUUCUCGGUUGAUGCUGAUGCUGCUGGUCCAAGGAUUCCAAACGCCAGUCUGAGAUUUCCUAGUCACGAUUACUGUCUAUGCCCCUGUUUCUUGUACUCGGCAGAAUCCACCUCCCUGUCCUUCUUAAUCUAUAGAGGCCAUGAUAGAAGUGAUAGCUUUCAGGGUCGUCGUAAUUUGUCCUACUUUCUAUGGGGUGGGACUCAUCAGUUCAUCACCAGGAUGUGAUUCAGCAGGAUGCUCGCGAAACGUCUCUGAUUUUCUUUGCCAACACAAAUAUGCGAAUGGCAGAAAUCACUGCCCUAAGUGUGACUUAAAGGAAUCAGGAAUGCCUCGUGAACAAGGAUCCGAGUGCUCCUUAACGCCAGCCCUCCGCCCUCACGCGUGGGGCUGGCCCCCCGAGAAGCAAACAGCAUCCGUCACCUCCACAAACUCUGCCCAUCCACCGUUCAGCAGCUCGAAACCCCGUAGGAAAUGGUGGCUCCACUCCAGGGCGCAGGUUCUGUUGUCCUGAGGGGCUAAACACGAGUUAAGAGGGUCGUGCACCAAAGAAACAAACAAAAACAAGCAGAACUUUGCGGAAACCCUUGGGGAGCCCGUGGCCAGAAACGGGGGCAUUUGCUUGCUGAACUUGGUCCCAGAGUGUGUUAACCCAUGAAAGAGGGAAAGGUCGCCUCACGAGGAGGAGAAGUGUUCCAGGCUUGAUGACCACUUAGCGGGGAUGUUGCCCCAGGCGGGAGGCACCGCGCAUGCGCGGUCGGCUGGUCCUCACCUGCUGGUCCUGCCCCGCUUGGCUCCUGGCACCUACCCCCGGAGCCCAGCUCGGGGCUGCCGUCCCGGUGGUACAAGCCGCUGAGAACCUUCUCCUCCGCUCUGAUGUGCUGUCUUUUUGCUGCUGUGUUGUUUUGUUUUUGGUUUUUUUUGCGAUGACACUGAGUGGCGCCUGUAUUGUGU